AACUACACUAUUUCUAAUUAUCAUUAUAGCCAUCCUCUCUCCCGCCUUCGGGGAAUGAAUCUCACAGAAGUUGCACAGAAGAUUGUGAUUGUCAAGAUUUCUUCCCCAGUUCAUUUCACAAAUUCGCUCAAAGCGCUCGAGAGUCUCCCAACCCUGAACCCACGGUCGCAGGUUCCAGCGAUAUGUCCAUUAAGACAAUCAAGCAUCCUUCACCUCUCGUCGCUUCCCCUCCCAAACCAAAUCCUGACCAAUCCUCCAAUUCAGGCAUCGCGAAGGUUAGCUGGAGCAGCCUUAUUUCUCUCUUUCGAUCACAUACUAAGAUCGAUCAUCGGGUGGAAUUACCACCUGACACGACACUUAUGAGCGAAACGCUCGCGCAUGCCCAAACAGGUGUCGCAGGCAUCAGCCCUAUUCAAGGAAUCGUUCAAAAUGCUACCUCAGCAAUUGGUGACCUACAAUCCGAUUCUGAUACGAUCGACCAGUUCUCCACGAUUCUUGGUACCCUGAGGACGUUCCACACCAUUGCUGACCAGAUUGCAAAUCUCCAUCCGUAUGCAAAGUUGGCAUUGAGUAUCUUGACUCAAGCAUCCAAGAUGAUUCUCGGUCAGGCAAACCUGGAUGCUGCUGUAUCUGAUCUACUCGAUAAGGUCUCCAAUAUCUAUGUCUUAGUGAUAGAAAGGAAGGCGCUGGCCAACAUUUGGCUAUGAUUGAGAUAGUGCAACGUACGCUGAAGUGCGCGGAAUUCAUUGUCCAUUACUCAGGGACGAAGAGUUUCGGGAAACGAGUUGGCAAACACGUGUUCAGGGGCACGGGUGCUGAGAUUCGCAAUUACAGUGAUGUUCUCC